UAGUAAGUGAUCAGUUUUGUUGGAUAUUGACAUCUUGUCACAUGGAUUACAUACACAUGAAUUCGUCAUUGAUUGAACAGUUAAACAGAGACAGAGUUUUGGAAUACUUACCAGUAUUAAUGAAAGACUUCUUCUGAGCUUUUAUUCUCGUUUUGCUUCAUGAACUGUUAUGCUGUUUUGAAAAGAAAAUUCGUAUAUACUCGCUUUAACGCUUGAACGCGUCGUGUGUGAACUAAUUUAAACGGUAUCUUUAAUGUCAUUUGUCUUGACCAAUUGAGCAGAUGAUAGUUACUUCAUUGCAUACCCAACGUAAUCUUCUGAAAUAAUACCUAAAAAAAUAUUGAAAUUUAAUGCGUUAGUGUUUCCACAGAAGAAAAACUGACCAUAUGCAUUUGCAAGUAUUUUUCUAACGGAAAUACGUUUUAGCUAUACUGUGUUCCUGCAUUUGCAUUACAAAACACUGAACUUAGUGUUUGCAUCUUCAGAAAUAAUCAGUUAGUAUUAAAAAAACUGUGAAUUUUUGCUGAUCGUCAUGAACUCAGAGUGCCUUCUACGAAUUUCACGCAUGCUGAUCAUGCUUUUUUGCGCAAUUUCUGUGACUGCAGCACAUACCGGUCAGAGCGCCAGAAUCGACGGCACUUUUCUUAUUGGUGCCAUGUUUCCAAUCCAUAAUCUACACGAGGGUGGCACGUGCGGUGACGUCAUACAGGAUCAGACCGGCAUUCAGAACCUGGAGGCGCUGUUGUAUGCCAUUGACAAAGUGAAUAAAGAAGAUCUUAAAGGCUUGGACUUCAAGCUCGGCACUCUGGCAUACGACACCUGCUACAGCGACACGGAGGCCCUUAAAAGGGCCCAGCAGUACGUGACAUACCGGAUCUACACCCUGGAGAUGGACUCCAUUUACAAGUGUAAUGACAGCAGCAGCCCCUCACUUGUAAACAACGGGACUUUGAUCGGAGUGGUCGGGGCCGCCACUUCAGUUGUCUCCAUUCAGCUGGCAAGCUUCUUUCGGCUUUUCAAAAUACCUCAGAUAAGUUACAGUGCCACGAGUACGGAGCUGAGCGACACCUCGCGGUACGAUUUCUUCAUGCGAACUGUGGCCUCCGACACCCAUCAGGCGAAGGCUAUUGUCGACAUACUCAAGCGUUUCCAGUGGACGUACGUGACCUGUGUUUACGAGGACACCAGUUAUGGUGACAGGGGCUACCAGGAGCUUGUGCUGGCCAGCAAGGAGAAGAUCUGUAUCGCUGAAGCGGUUAAAGUCAAACGAUUUGUUUCUUCCGAAGAUGCCAACCAACGGCAGUUGGAAGACGCCAUAAAAUCACUGAGACGUCAUAACAAUACAGAAGGAAAGACGGUUGUUAUCCUAUUUGCAUCGGACGACAUCGUAAAUAAAAUCUUCCGAAUUGUCGACAAGAUGGAAUUCCAGAAUCAUUUCCAGUGGGUGGGGAGUGACGCCUGGACCGGAAGAAGUGUCCCAACGGAGGUUCAGGACAUUGUGAAUGGUACCAUUGGGGUCCAGCACAAAAUACGGAACAUCACUGAUUUUGACGAAUAUUUUCUCAAACUACGUCCCGACACAAAUACACGGAACCCAUGGUUCAAGAAGUACUGGGAACAAAUCUUCAACUGUUCCUUCGUCAGUAACGCCAUCAAUCCCGAAAAGAUGAAGCAUGUACCAUCGUGUGAUCCGAACCUUGAAUUGUCCGAGAAAGGUAAAUACCAACGCAACCUGAACACCUACGCAACAAUGGACGCUGUAUAUGCAUUCGCACACGCCUUGAAAAAAUGGCACAGACGCUUGUGUGGCCAGGUGAAAGGUGUUUGUCCCGCUAUGGAAAAGGCAAAGCCCGAAGACCUCAUGCUGCAAGGAUAUCUCAAGAAUGUCACUUUUAAAGAUCCAGCAGACUUUGAAUUCAAGUUCAACAACACUGACGGUCCAGUCCGUUACAGCGUUUUGCAGUACUUCCGGAACGAGAGUGUCUACACGUGGAGGGAGGUGGGAGACAAUAACGGCAACGCUUUAAACUGGUUUAAAAAUAACGGAUCUCUCGGCUACCGAGCGUCCACGUGUUCUUCACCGUGUCGGCCUGGGGAGGCGAAGCAGCCGAUAGCCGGAAGAAACUGCUGCUGGUCGUGCCGCGCAUGCGCACAGUUCGAGUAUCUUCACGAUGAAAACCAGACUUGCAUCGCGUGCCAAGCCGGGACGACAACCAACCAAUCAAAAAACGGUUGUGUGGACAUACCGGAAAAAAGCAUGAACAUGCGUAAUAAAACUGUAAUAAUAUUCAUGGUGUUUGUCUGCCUUGGCAUCAUUUUCACGUGUCUUAUCGCAGUGCUGUUCUACUGGCAUCGGGACACUCCUCUCAUAAUGGCUUCGGGGAAGGAACUGAGCUUCGUACUUCUGUUCGGUGUGGUGCUUUCAUACGCAUCAACCUUCGCAUUCGUCGCUUACCCCACGGCGACGUCUUGUGCCUUCACAAGGGUGCUUCUCGGGCUUAGCUACACUAUUUGUUACGCCGCCAUUCUUGUGAAAACCAACCGGAUUUACCGAGUAUUCAACAUACACACUAGUAAGCCAAAGAAAGUUACGUUAAUAAGUGCUAAAUCACAGUUGCUAAUCACAGGCGCGAUAGUGUUCGUGGAAAUCCUGGUACUCUUGCUCUGGCUGAUAUUUGCGCCGGCUGACGUCGUGCAUGAACACCCGACUCCCGCCGACAACGUGCGUUCGUGCGGCGACGCGCGCGGCCACUCGUACAUCAUCUCGCUCAUCUACCCGAUGUUACUGAUGAUCGCGUGCGUCUACUACGCGGUGCGCACGCGUAAAACGCCAGACGGCUUCAACGAGACGCGCUACAUCGAGUUCGGCUCCUACUCGUUCAGCAUUCUCUGGAUCGCCUUCAUCGCAAUGUACAUGUCUGUCUCGAAUAUUUUCCUGCGGGUUGGGGCGCUCUGCUUCUUUUCCUUCGUGAACGCCACCAUUACGCUGAUCACGCUGUUCGUCACCAAGGCGUAUAUUGUGCUGCUGAAACCGCAGAAGAACACGCGCGAGAACGUCAUGGCCCGUCGGCGCACUUGCAACAGUUACGAGAAUGUAGACAUACGCAACCUCAGCCGUAUGACAAGCGCAGUUUCAAACUGGCACUCCUCACACCCUAUUGUCGGUUCCCAGACGUCGUCAAUGAUAAAUUGUCAAGUGCCGAAGAAAUACGGACCCAACCUCCCAGUUUCUAUUUCCGCUGUUAAUCUUAACAACAUUGGCAAAUCAGUCGAGAGCCUUUACUCGGUUAAGUCCGUGGUUUCCGAUUCACCGGACCAUCAACAAUUCGCGAAUGAGGACAUACAUCAAUAUCCCGUCCCAGUUCGGAAAUCUACGGAUUUAGGCGAUUUGAGACUGAAAGAAUUUCUCGAGAAAAGUCAUGAAUACAACUCGGAUGAGGACACUGGUCCGGGGAUCAUUUCCGGUGGCGUUCCCAGGCGCUCACUCCGCUCCUUCCGGUCUCGGAAGCAGCGGCGCCGCACGAUGAAGCGGACAAAGAGCCUGAACGCUGCGCACAAUCCUACCAUAGUGGUCACCUCGGCGUCGAACGAGGACAUCUCUAGACGGUUCAAGGUCAUUCAUCUCUAAGGAACGUUUUUUGUUCGUUUUCAUGCACAUAUUAUUAUCUGUUGUUGGAUAUGUGUUCGUUGACUUAUUGAAUGACGUGUCCAUGUACAAUCAUAUUUUUAUUUUAUGCUUUCCGGUGGUUUAUAGAGAAAUAUCAGUUAAUUAAAUUAAUUAAACUCUUUAACAAUGUAUAUAAACUGUGCAAAAAACAUAAAAUAAAAAGAAUUUUUUUUGGAUUCGUUGGGAUAUCGAUUUUAAUUCACUCGUCAUCAUAAAAAAUAAAUAUUUUCACUCUUGGCUGCGCCACUCGUAAAAAUAUCAUCUUAAAUAUUUUAUAUGAUCACUCGUGAAUUAAAAUCGAUAAUCCACCAAAUCCAACACAUUCCCUCAAUGUAAUGCUAAGAGAUGAACUAUUAAAAAUUAUUGGGGAAUUUCCCUGGUUAGUAUCUUGUUAACUAACUUGACUAGAGACUGCUUUUUAAAAUUUCAAAUAUAAUUGAAAUAUAUUUUUAAUGCAUGCCAAGUCACUGUUUAUCAUAGUAUAUUUAUCAACACUCAAUAUUAGUUUGAAUAAUAUUGAAAUAUUGAAAUAAUUAAAUGCAUUGCAAGCAAAUUAUUAUUGCUUUUGAGUUUUCUCGGUCGCCUUAGGCCGAAGUGACCAACAUACAAUGUAUGGCGGGUAAAGACAGUUCAAAUCCGCCAAACAUUGGAGCUGGUAUAAACGCAAUUUUAAAAUAUAUAUUAUUCGAAAUUCAAUCUUUGCUCAGCCUCCAUCCAAUUAUCCGACAUUGUGUUUUCCAGGUAACCUUUCAAAACUAAAUACUAAUUACGUUGACAUUUCGAAAUAAAAAGAGACUACAACAA